AUGUCGCAAUACUACGGCGCACCCCCGUCCAACCAGUUUGGCGCCGGCGGCCCUUCAGCACAGAAUCUACAGUUUUACCCUUCGUCAUACUCACCAGGCGUGCCGAACCACGGAACAUCAUCACAAUCCGGUUAUGGUUACGGCGGGCCGGCCGCUUCCUCAAGCUAUGGCGGGUUUGGUGGAGCAGGCGCAGCGGGUGUGAGCGGGCGCAUGGGCGAGCAAGGUGGUCUGCGAACAGGUUGGCUAGCCGCAUUAUCGACAGAGGGCUACGAUGACGAACCGCCGCUGCUCGAAGAACUGGGCGUCAACUUUGGACAUAUUCGAGUCAAGACUCUAGCUGUUUUAAACCCCUUCUCCCGCAUCGACCAACAUAUAAUGGACGACUCCGACCUUGCAGGCCCCAUUCUUUUCUUCCUUCUUUUCGGCUUCUUCUUGCUCUUCAGCGGCAAGGUGCACUUUGGCUAUAUCUAUGGGCUCGCCCUGAUGGGCUCCAUCGGCCUGCACCUCAUCCUCUCCCUCAUGUCGCCCGACGGCGGCCCCAACUCGCCGACAACGUCCCACGCCGGGCCUUCUUACUCGUCCAACGCGGGGUAUACUGGACCUGGAGGCGCCGGCGGUGUCGAUGGAAAGGGCCACUUAAGCAGCACUCUAACUUUCCCGAGAAGUGCGAGUGUGUUGGGCUACUGUCUGCUCCCGAUGGUCUUGACGAGUUUGGUGGGCAUCGUCAUGCCAAUGGACACGCCGAUCGGAUAUGUAUUGACAAGUGCCGCUAUUUUGUGGUGCACUACGAGCGCCAGUGGUAUGUUCUGUGCCGUCGGCCGAAUGCGGGGCAUGAGGGGACUGGUUGCAUACCCGUUGGCAUUGUUCUAUGUUGGAUUUGGCAUUAUGAGCAUCUUCAGCAGCCGGGGAAGCGGAAGCUUGGGCAAGGCUGCUGGAGUUGCAUAA